AGCGCGACUGUCUCUGCAAAAAUGGCGGACACGUGUGGCCAAAUAUUGCUGGGAUCAGGGCUCACCGUCCUCUCCCACCCUCUGAUGUACAUUAAAGUCCUGAUCCAGGUAGGGCAUGAGCCGCUCCCUCCCUCCCUGGGCAAGAACCUGUUUGGCAGACAAGUCUCCCAGCUGCCCGGACUGUUUGCGUACGCCAAACACAUCAUCAAGAUAGAUGGGAAAGCGGGUCUCUUCAAUGGGCUUGGUCCGAGGCUCUGCGCCGGCUCCAUCGGCACCAUUGUGCACAGCAAUGUUGUGCAGAUAUGUCAAGAACACUGCACGCCUCAGGUACUGGGAGGUCAGCAGAAGGCUGUGGAGGGCUCCCUACAGCACGUUGUUAACGAGACGACCAAAGAGAUGAUAGCCCGGUCCUGUGCCACCAUAGUCACGCAUCCCUUCCAUGUGAUUACUUUGCGAUGUAUGGUCCAGUUUAUUGGGAGAGAAACAAAAUACAGCGGGGUGUUUGACUCCAUAGUCACAGUCUACAAAGAAGAAGGCGUACUGGGCUUCUUUGCUGGUUUGAUUCCUCGCCUUCUCGGUGACGUCCUGUCACUGUGGAUUUGUAACCUGCUGGCUCACCUCAUCAAUACAUACGCCAUCGAUGACUCGAUGAGUCACACAGGAGAAAUCAAGAACUGCUCUCAGGCUGUGACGGGGUUCUUCGCCAGUAUGCUGACAUACCCGUUCGUUUUGGUGUCAAACCUCAUGGCUGUCAAUAACUGCGGGCUCGCUGGAGGCCUGCCUCCCUAUGCAUCGGUAUGUCCCACCUGGGUGGACUGCUGGAGGCAUCUAAGCAGAGAGGGCAACAUGAGCAGAGGCAACAGUUUAUUUUUCCGGAAACUUCCAGCAGGGAAGAUGUACGCCGUAGACCAGAAGAGAUUUUUUUAAAGGCCUCGGCCACUGAUCUGAACACAGUUGUGAGAAUAAAACAAAUCAACAUUGCCUGAUCUGGAGGUCGGACAGUCGGCACCUAUUCUUUUUUUGUUCUUUUUUUUUAUGAACUUGUUAUACUUUUUUUUUUUUUCACCUGCCACCAUGUGAGAUAAAAACAUUCAUUUCCAGCAGGUUUUGUUUUAUUAACAAAUUGAAACUGCAGGGCUGUAAAAUAAGAUGGAGCACUAAUCAUUUAAAACCCCACAUGCACUAAAUCUGAUGGGAGGCUGGCUCAUGCUGUCAGACCUAUAUGGAACCAUGUGUUAAUCAUUUUUAAUGUAUAGAGUAUCGACAAUGGCUCACCUUCAUCCAAUGGGGUUUGUUAAAAACAGCCUCUCCAUGUGCAUGUGUUGUCUAAUAAUUCACAUGUUGGGACCCCUCGCCAUGUGCUAUUGUCUGUGUUGCGCUAGUGAAAAGGAGGGAAAGGACUCCGAUGUGAUGGUUGUUCAGGAGCAUGUUUGGCUGCUCGGAGGCAUGGAGGGUAGCUGGAGCUGGUCGAUGUCGCCCGACUCUGAGCACUCGAGUGUUUAUCGACUCGUUUAUCGACUCGUUUUGACUGACACAAGUAAUAAAAAAAAUUAAAAAAUG